AUGGAUUUGUAUCUGAUUGGAUAUUUGAUGUGUGUGUGGUUGUCCAGCUCACGGGUGCUUGGAGGCUAUCCCAUCUGGUGGUCCCUGGCCCUUGGGCAGCAGUACUCGUCUCUGGGCUCCCAACCCAUCCUGUGUGGCUCCAUCCCCGGCCUGGUGCCCAAGCAGCUGCGUUUCUGUCGCAACUACAUAGAGAUCAUGCCCAGCGUCGCAGAAGGCGUCAAGCUGGGGAUCCAGGAGUGCCAGCACCAGUUUAGGGGCCGGCGAUGGAACUGUACCACCAUCAAGGACAACCUGGCCAUCUUCGGCCCUGUGCUAGAUAAAGCAACCAGAGAGUCAGCAUUUGUCCACGCCAUAGCUUCAGCAGGUGUGGCGUUUGCGGUGACGCGCUCCUGCGCCGAAGGCACCUCCACCAUGUGCGGCUGUGACUCCCACCACAAGGGACCCCCCGGGGAGGGCUGGAAGUGGGGCGGCUGCAGUGAGGAUGCAGAGUUUGGGGUGCUGGUGUCCAGGGAGUUUGCAGACGCCAGAGAGAAUCGCCCAGACGCUCGCUCGGCGAUGAACCGCCACAACAACGAGGCAGGACGCUCGACCAUCCUGGACCACAUGCACCUGCGCUGUAAGUGUCACGGCCUGUCGGGGAGCUGCGAGGUGAAGACCUGCUGGUGGGCGCAGCCGGACUUCCGCAUGCUGGGCGACUACCUGAAGGACAAGUACGACAGCGCCUCGGAGAUGGUGGUGGAGAAGCACCGCGAGUCCAGAGGCUGGGUUGAGACGCUGCGGGUCAAGUACAACUUCUUCAAGCACCCCACCGAGCGCGACCUGGUCUACUACGAGGGCUCGCCAAACUUCUGCGAGCCCAACCAGGAGACCGGCUCCUUCGGGACGCGCGACCGGGCCUGCAACGUGUCGUCGCACGGCAUCGAGGGCUGUGACCUGCUGUGCUGCGGCCGCGGACACAACACCCGGACUGAGAAACGCAAAGAGAAGUGCCACUGCAUCUUCCACUGGUGCUGCUACGUCAGCUGUCAGGAGUGCGUGCGCGUCUACGACGUCCACACGUGCAAGUGAGAGGCCGGUGCUUUCAGAAAAAACUGGACUACAAGUGCUGCCCAUCCACACUUCAACUCUUUCACUUCCUGCACGACUUUCCCCGCAUCCCCAAACACAGACUCUGCAUCUCAAGCAAAAACAUAUUCAUCAGCACACACACUCAGGCCCUAAUGGGUUAUGGCACAUCAGCUAUGGAUACUUCUAUACCUUUAUUUUUUGUAAAAACCCUUCCUUGAAUCCAAACCACUACAUUACCAUAAAAUCGGAGGCAGAAAGCGUCCUGUGUUGACCCGGCUGAUCUCUAAUCUGAGGUCAAGGAGUUGUGCCACUUCUUCCUUUCCCUGCGGCAUCGGCCCCCACCUUCCCCCUCGUCUUUAUUUAUUUCCCCCCUCCAUGCCAACAUAAUGUCUGUGGCAUGUACAGUAACACUUUUUACCUGGGAGAAUAAUGCAGUAAAAAAAAACUCUCUUUGCUUUUGAAACAAAGCAAUGUCUAACUAACACCUCACUUCCAUCCCGGCUGGUUUACCUUUUAGUUUUUUAGACUAAACCAACCUCUACACCGUCACUCCGCGGUAAGUGACACUGAACAGCCCCAGGAAAGCAUCACUUUGUAACUACUGAACUGAACAGGUGCUGGAAGUGCCCCCGUCCUGUCUUUUGUAAACUACUGAGCUGAUGAAAUCCUCAGUGUUGCUUCUCUCCCCGCUGACUGACUCGACCGCACCAGUCAACCUGGAAGAUAUAUGCUACAGUCGGAUUUUAUAGCCCUGCAUUUCUGAAAUAUUACCAUUGGGCUGGGACUGGAGGUAUGCAGCAUGUGUGUGAACAAGCAUGCUCAUUCCACCAACUAACAACCCUACACAUGUAUAUUUAUGCACUAUUCAGCUACUCCAGGUGGGAAAAAUGUGAGCAUUGUUUAUGCGAGCAAAUUCUCAGUCGUUACAAGUUGUUGUGAAUUAUGACUUUCUUCCUGCAUACUGUAAAUUGCUCAUAAUUUCCACACAUGUGAUGCAACGCAGUCAUACAUCAUUAUUAUAAGGAAUGACAACUACCAGGGUUCAAAUGAUAUGUCCAAGUAAAAGAUCAUUUGUGGCUGUCUCAUUUAUAAAUGUAUGCAUCAAGUGUGGGUCAAGUUUCAGCAUGCUUUUUAUUAUUAAUUCUGGUCUUAUGAGCAAAGUGAUUAUUGGGAGAUCUUAUUAAUUCAACUCUUCUUGCAUUCACCAGGUCCAUCUUAGAGACUUUUGUACGACUCAAAUCUUUCACUGUAAAAAUGGAGAAGGGGGACAUGUGACGACAUGUGGAGCCUAGAGUGGGUUCCGAUUGGCUUUUACACCCGGCCUUCCUUCUCUAUGAGUUUUCUCUACGUUGAGGUUUUUACUAUUGUCAGAAGACCCCAAAAACACACCUGCCUCAAAGAUUUGGAAAUGGAGAUAUUGGAAGAAAAUACUAUUAUUUAAUCUAACCCUGCUUAUUGAGAGGCAUCGGCCUAGUUGAGUUAUUAUUUUAUCUUUUUGAUAGGUGUGAUUUUUUGGUCGACAGAAAAUACUUCAAGACACUAAAGGGACAGUUCACCCCAAAAUCAUAAAUAUAUAUUUUACACUCGUACCAGUGGUACUUUUAAUCAACAUAGAUUGUUUUGGUUCGGUAGUAAGUGUUGGAGAUAUUGGCCACAGAGAUGUUUAUCUUAUUUAAAAUAUAAUUCAACUAGAUGGCACUCGUACAGUGCUCAAAGCUCCAGAGGGACUAUUUCUACCGAACUACAUGAGUGGAUGCACACGUCAUUUUGUGUGGUGAUGUGGUUGGCUGAUGUAGUUCUUUAGACAAAUCACUGCAGGUUUUUUUUUUAAAUGCCACCUAGUUGUAGAGAAGGUGGUCAAUACUUCCAUUUCAGUACCAACACCAAAACGAUGUAGAGGGAGAAAUUGUAUUUUUGGUUUUGGGGUGAACAUUCCCUAAAGCAAAAGAGCGUUAGGAAACUUCAUAAGAAGAUGAUUUAUGUCUGCAAGAUGUGGAUGUGUGUGUGAAUGACGGCUGCCUGUGACAGUGGUGAAUGGAAAAAAGACGGAUGGUUGGACGGAUGGAUGGCAGGAUUCACACUGUGAGAAGUUUCCACACAACAUGUUCUGACAGUCCCACCUGCUUCCUAUUAAUUAUAUUCAACAAACAUACCCAGUAGUGUGUAGGCUGUACUCUCUUUGCGACAUAGCUUAGCAUUUGUGUCAUGUUCUACACAGCCCUGCCUACCUGGGCCUACCUUCCUAU